AAAAAAGCUGGAAAGUCGAGGCUCGCCCUCCCCUCUGCCCGCCCAGCCCCGGCACCGGGGUCCGGCACUUGCUCCAGGAGGCUUGGAGAGGCUGGGGGCACCCAGCCCCGAGCUGACCAAAGGCACUGAUGGCUGUUUGUUGAUUUAUUUUAUUUUUAUUUUAACUUCUUUUUGCUUUUCCCUCUUAUUUUCUGGUGCUGCACGUCCUCUCCAGGCAGCUGGCGUGCCCAGUUUCCAGGGUUGCUGCCCGCUCCGGGGCUCGGCGCGGGACGCCGGCUCAGCGCUGCUUUCCCUAAGAGCCUGGGCAGUUUCUCAAGGCCCCCGUCUUUCCCCUGAUCCCUGCAGAUGUUGUAGAUUAGGAUCAAAUGCGAGUGUUGCCUUUACCCUAGGAACGGGGCUGCUCUGCUGCUCCUGGGCUAGGGGGAUCUGCAGGGCUUUAUCGCCACAGAAAAUAUGCAUUGUAGAAAUUUUUUUCUUGUCUCUCUCUUUUUUUUUUUCCCAAAGCAAGGAGAGAUGCAUCAGUCACAUGUUUGAGUGGAAACUGUGACUCGGAGCCAAAACUUUGAUGCUUUUUAAUUAUUUUUCCCAUAAAACGCAGCGCUGGAACAUUUUGCUUUCAAGUUGCGUGUCACGCUGUAUCCCUAAUCGCCGACUUGCCGUGUGCUAAACAUAGACUUGAAUAGGAAUAAUUGGUGUGCUUUUCCAGACGGGCCGACUUUCCCCUGAAAUACCCCCGUGCGGUGUCCGGUUCUCCUUCCAGGAGACGGUCAACACGGGCGGGCUGUCGGGGGGCCUUUUAUUUGUUACGGGAUACGUCCCAUACGCUCCGGAUUUGAUCAUCGAGUGUUUGUUGAAGUCCCCCUGGGUGGAUUUUUCUGGUAUUUUUGGGGUGUUUUUUUUUUUUAUUUUUUAUUUUUCCCUUGGCUGCUUCCGAGCUGGGACGUGCCCUUGCCGCCUGGCCCUGCCCUGCCUUGCUGGAGCCUCCUCGGGGCCAGCUCCUCUCCAGUCCCACGUCCCGAGGCAGAGCCGGGGCUGAGCUCGGGCUCUUGCCCCCUUAUCAACAGGACUCCUCCUCGGUCCUCGUCCAGCUGCUGCUUUUUUUAAGGAUUCCUUCUUCUGUCUGCGUGCUGUGUCUGUCCCGUGGCACCGUCGACACGGAGAGCGGAGCCGUGUCUCCGGCAGCCUCUCCUGUGCCAGAGCAGGAAAAGCUGAGGGCAGCAGCCUUUUGGGGUGGUGGCGUGGUGUCCUUGCAGGGCAGCUUUGUGGGGAAAGCCUGGCCGGUCUUUCUGGUGAGGAAAAUCCAGCUGUGGCCCAAAGUGCCCGCAUCUGAAGGCUUAUCCCGUCGCAGCAGCGUGCCCUGUAGUUAUCAGGGAAAAAUACGGCCCUUGGAGUGUUUGGGGGAACUCCGUGGGAUAUUUUGAGGGAUUAGGAAGGAAGCUGGUGGCAGCGAUGGGGCAUGGCACAGGCAGGGGCUGCAUCCUGCCUGCUCUCAGCCCCAGGCCCGCGGAGCUGCAGAGGGAUGUGGCUGGAGACUUGUGCUAGGGAUAGGAGAGUCCCGGGUCAAACGCAGGAGUGAUUGCCUGUGGAGUAGCCGCUUUAUUAACAGCGUGGAGCCUGGUGUUUGUGUCAGACGUUUGUCUCGUGUGCCUGCCUCGGUGAUGGGGCUGACUCGCCUGGCCCCUGCUGGGAAUUUGCAGCAGGGUGCUGGAGGCUCCGGUGAGGUGGCGCCGCCGGGGAGGGCUCCUCUGGAGCCGUGUCUGUGCCCAGCAAAGCACCAAGGCACCUGGGUGCGUUGUGCAGCCAGCCACAGCUCUCGGGUGUCGCUGCCAAGAAGGCAGGGCUCGCCCUUCUCUGCUUUUUGGGUGCAGGAGGGCUGAUGGCGCAGGUAGGUUUGAAAAAAAAAAAAAAGAAGAAACAAAAAAAAAAAAGUGACUCGUGGAGCUGGAAGCAGAACUUGCAUCUCUCGACUUGAGCACCUGUGGUUUAACUAGCUGCGUGUUUCCUUCCUCCUGCGAGGCUCGGGUCCCUCUGCAAGGGUGUCGUGGCUGUGGAGGCACCGGGGCUCCCUCUCCUGUGCCGUGGGGGCACGGCCAACGCUGGGCAGCGCAAAGAAGGGGUUUUUCACCAGGAAAUUCCUCUGCGGUGUUUACAGCUGGCGGCCCGGGGCCUCCAGAGCCGGCUGGGAGAGGCCCGAGGAUGGCAUUUACAGAGGCGUGGGGUGAGCUGAGGCCGUGCCAGAGUCCAGCUCCAGAAAUUUCGGGUAGAUAUGCCAGGCUCAGGCAGCGCUUUCAUCCCCACGAUCAACGCCAUCACGACCAGCCAAGACCUGCAGUGGAUGGUGCAGCCCACCGUCAUCACCUCCAUGUCCAGCCCCUACUCCCGCUCGCACCCCUACAGCCACCCGCUGCCACCGCUGUCCUCGGUGGCCGGGCACACGGCCCUGCAGCGGCCGGGCGUGAUUAAAACCAUCGGCACCACCGUGGGACGGAGACGAAGGGACGAGCAGCUGUCGCCCGAGGAAGAAGAGAAGCGAAGGAUCCGGAGAGAGAGGAACAAGCUGGCAGCUGCUAAGUGUCGUAACAGGCGUCGAGAACUAACAGAGAAACUCCAGGCGGAAACUGAGGUGCUUGAGGAGGAGAAGUCAGUGCUGCAAAAAGAGAUCGCUGAGCUCCAGAAGGAGAAGGAGAAACUGGAGUUCAUGCUGGUGGCUCACAGCCCUGUGUGCAAAAUCAGCCCUGAGGAGCGCCGGAGCCCACCCUCCAGCAGCCUCCAGAGCGUUCGGACUGGAGCGAGCGGAGCGGUGGUGGUGAAGCAGGAGCCUGUGGAGGAAGAGAUCCCGUCUUCCUCUUUGGUCCUUGACAAAGCCCAGAGGUCUGUCAUUAAGCCCAUCAGCAUUGCUGGAGGUUUUUAUGGGGAGGAGGCACUCAACACUCCCAUCGUGGUGACCUCGACACCAGCCAUCACUCCUGGCUCCUCCAACUUGGUGUUCACCUACCCCAAUGUCUUGGAUCAGGAGUCUCCUCUCUCCCCGUCCGAGUCCUGCUCCAAAGCUCACCGGAGGAGCAGCAGCAGCGGUGACCAGUCCUCGGAUUCCUUGAACUCUCCCACCUUGCUGGCAUUGUAAUCCCCCCGUGGCCCCCCAUUGCCAGUGUGUUACACCCCCCGCCCAGCUCCAUGGGGGGAGCCCCUCUCCAUGGGAUUAGAGACAGGCACAGGAUCGUUCAAGCACAAGGGCAGCAAGAACAAGGAUGGGGAAAUGCUGCAGCUCCAGGAAGGAGAGUGAGGACCAACGUCAGCUCCCUGGAGGCAGGAAACGGCAAGGGUGGGACUGACGCACCGGGACUGUUUGGAGAGGGCGACGUCCCCUCUGUAGGGACUGCCUAUGGAAACCUCUUCUCAACCGUAAUGGACUCGGGGAACACUCCUGGCCAGGACGGAAGGCGAGCUGCAGACAGUUGCUAGUCGUCCCUUUCCUUUGUGAAUUGAUCUGAUCGGUUAUGCUCUGUGCUUAGAUCAUUCUGGUUAGUUGACCUUACAAGUUCUUCUUUCCCCCUCUCUCUCUCUCUCUCUCUGCUUAUCAUUUCCAAUGUUGUCGAUCCCAUGACAUUUCAUCCAGUUGCUUUGAAGUCUAAAGGCUUGUUAGGAUCUUUCCUCUUGGGACAGGCUGUGGGAAACUUUGCCCGGGCGGGAGGGGGAUGGCCAGGAGCUGGUGGGGGGACCAAGAGGAGCCCAAGGGCUCAGUAGCAAGGGCAGAGCUCAUAACUGUGCCCUGUGGCACAGACACAGUGAACAGAGAGAGCGGGAGGCUCGUGUGGAAGCCUUUUUUUCUUAAAAAGUAGAUAUAUCUGUCCCCUGGGCUCCUCGAAAACCAAGUUAGCAUCUCAGGGCCAAAGUAGCACCAGAAAAGCUACUGGGUUGGCACUUACCAGUGUCUUUGGCAGGGUUUUAACCCCAACUUGGUAGAUACCAAAUCUGCUGCUGGACUCAUUGUUUACUUUUCCUGGGCUGCCUGCUCUCUCGAGAGCAUUGCAUCUUUCUCCCCGUCAGGGCUCCUGACUCAGAUGCUGAUCUCUUUCUGUCAGUAAAAUCCUCCCCUCCCCUUGGCCAUAUUCGCAGACCACGCUACCAAAAAAGUGGCGCCGUGUGCUGUAAAUCCAGGAGACUGGCAGCGGAUAAGGAGGUGAAACCACCUGGUUGUGCCCUCGCUGAGUUUUUCCUCAUUGGGAAACAAGGCAAUGCAGAUCCACACAGCUGGUACGGGCAGGUGGUGUUUGCUCAGAGCUCCUCAGUCUCUGAAGCUGGGGCGAAGGCAGGGGUCCAGCCUCCAGCACGGGCCUCAAGGAGCUCCUGACCAGGCAGCGGUGGCAUAGCUGAUCCCAUGGCCUGCUCAAGCAAAACCAGAGCUUCUGAUAACAUCUGGUGCGACUGGCAAAUUGACACUGGAAGGAAAUCAAUUACCAUUAUUUGCACCUCGGUCAUUGGCCUCUUUUAUGUUUUGCCAUGUAAUUGAUCUGGUUUUGUUGGGGUUGACUGGCCUGAAGAUCCGAAGCCAACCAGGGGGCUCUUCCUUCAGCUUUGGGUCCUUGUCUUCUCCAGCCACCUCUGGGCUUAGCGCUGAUGUUUGCUACUGAGAAGCGGUCCCGUGCGUGACCUGUUCCUGCCUGGAGCCAAGCUCAGGCCCUGGCGAUGUCAAGGCACUGAUGAACCAUGACCUUGUGCACACGAGGACUGCUCAGCUUGCCAGCUAAGCUGCUCAUGGGAUAGCUCUUUAGGCCAGGCUGUUGAAGCUGUGGUGGCAGCUAUUUAUUCUGAUGUGAGCUUUUCUUUUUUUCUUUCUUUACUUCUUUUCUUUUUUUUUAAUUGGCUGAAACUUCGGGUAUUUCUUGGUCAGGCUGGACCUGGAGAAAUGCAAUAUGCAAUGACAGGGCCAGUGCUGUGAGAUGCUAAACUGCUGCAGUCCCUGCCAACUCCGCUGGGAAUUAAUAGGGCUCAGUCUUGCAGAGCAAGACCUUUGCUCAGCAGGGCUGGAUUCCCUCAAACCCUGGCCAAUGCCUAUUCCUUGAGUCAUUUCAAAGUGACACUACUUUGGCUGUAAAGGUAGACUUUGUUUUCUUUUUCUUCCACCCCCCACCCCAAAAAAUUAUUACUAAUUUUAAACCCAGGUAUUUGCCAGAGCUGCCAGAAAUAUAAAGAUAUGAGCGAUCUUUUUCCUUUGUAAAACUGAUUCAGUAAUUCAGGCUUUUCCUUUCUUGCUUAAACAUUUCCAUCUUUAUACCAGUGCUAGAGGUUUCAAAUUGAGCUUAGUAAGUAAAAUUGAUACAGGAGUCUGUUUGUCCUUAAAUGAUAAUCAAAGCUUUUUCUUUUUUUUUUUUUUUUAAAUAAAGUAGACAUUAAAAUUUCGGUAGUUAGCACAGAGGAUCCAGUUCUCACGGGGUUUUAUGUAGAUGAUGUCACUUUAGGUGAAACCACUGUUUCUCUAAUUGUCUCUGUUCUGCCAGGUGCUUGUUUGGGCCAGUCUGCAUUGGGAAUGUAAGACUGCUCAAUAAAAUGUCUCUACAUGUCAUUUCCACCCAUUGUGGGCAGAAUGCAGCACAGACAAAUGGUGAAUCCUAAAGUGACACAGACAUUUUUGAGGCCAGCUGAUCAGGACUGCUGGCAGGUCAGGAGCAUUCCUGCUAGGGGCUUUAGGAAGUCAGCUGCCUCCUCAGACCUAGGUAAGCCUAACUCCUAGGGGGACAAUGAAAACAUCUGAAAUACUGUUGAUCCUCCGUAACAAAUAAUCUUUUAAUAUAUUGCUUGUCCCCUUUUUGCUUGCAGUUCAGGUGUGUUGACCAUCUUGUCAGCUGCGUAUCUGUCUGCUGGGCAAACAAGCACUUUUAGAGGUGUGAUUGCAAGUUUCUUGGAAAGGAAAAGGCUUAUCUAGCUCUGACAAGUAGGCAGGUGGCAUAAUCCAAUCGCAUUUCUGAAAAAAUCCUUAGGUGUGGCCUUCCCUGCACGCAAGCCCCGUAUCUGCCAGCCUCCAAACGCUAUCCCAGCAGAGAUGUUUGUUUUCACAUUUGGCCCUGUCCUCUGUGAUAGCCCCGGAUUGGUCUCUACAGGUUUCUUCAGCUUUUUUUUUUUCUCCUCCCCAGAUAGAAAGUUCUCAUCCUAGACAGGAAGGUUUCAAAUAAAGGGCCUUGCCGUUCACCUAUACCCUCUCCUAAUCCCUUUGGGAGAGGCGUGCAUCCCAAGGAAGGCUGUGAUUCCUACCUUUGCUUCUGCUCACUGAAUUGUUGCCAAAAGGAGCUGCUGCUGGCCCUUGCCCACUGCCUGUUGACUUGUCAUGGACCUUCUCAGAGGUGGGGCAGGAGCAUCCCCUUUCCUGUCCUGUGAGACUGAUGGGAGUGGUUUCAAACUGCCGAGAAAAGGGAAUCACUGUGCUGUCUGAAAGAGCCCUGAACACCUUGUGCCUCCCCGUUUUCUCCCUCAAGCCUCUUUGAGGAUGUCUGUGUUAGGACCGCUGGUCUCCUGCCUUCUGUAUUUUGUGGAUCAGCCUUAACUUUGUUUAGCUGUUGGCAGACAGGUACAGCUUGAAGUCUCCUGCUGUUUUGGUCUGGCUCUGCACACUUCUCUUCAGGUUUGCUGGUGUGCUUUUGGGAAUCUUCCCCACCCCUGAAAUGGUAUUUUCCUUGAGUACCUUACCUGACGCUUCCUAAACGUACAGGAAUUUCCUAAAUGUGCCUCCACGUUCUUCUGCAUGCUCUGGGGAUGCGGGAGCUGUUGUAACCAGCAUCUAACCAAAAGUUGUUGAAGUCAAUAGCAAAAGGCCCAGGGAAUUUCAGCUGGUGUUAGGCUGACCCCCUAGAGACUGGCCCAGUGAAGCAUCUAACGACACCUGAAGUUAAUCAAUGCCCAACUGGGAGGAGCAGUAGCAGCCGCACUGAAGGAAACAUUCAGCUUCUAGGUGAUGUUUGCCAUUCCAGUUUUGCCCUCGUUGUUCCUUCCCCCUCCCUGGUUGUGGCAUUGCUUUCAUCUAUUCCUUUCUUGUAGGUGUGGAGACUGGGUAAGUCUCAAAGUGCUUGUGGUGUGACGGGAUUUGGGACCAACCUGCUGGGGACAGUAGCUCUCUGUUGUGUUUUUAUAAUUAUUAUUUAAAUGAUCUAUUUAGUUCAUCUGAACCUUUAAUUUUGCUGCUUACUGUAUGUAGGAUCCACCUGGCCUUCAUCCUAAAUGAAAAACAAAAACAAAAAACCUAAGACACCCCCCCUCCCUGGUAUCUUAUUAUUUAUUGGCAGGCAGCCAUUUUGUGCCUGCUCCAGCAGAUCUGCCCGCCAUUAAUUUAACAUCCUCCCAACUCCCAUUCCUGGUGUUUGGUUGUUGCUUUUUUGCUUUUUGUUGUUGAUUUUUUUCUUUUCUCAUUCUAAAACAGACUUCUAAAAUGUAAGAAACCUUAUUAUUUUGACACUUACAAGUUCAUUUUCAUUAGGAAGGCCAAGUCAAACAUUUUAAGAGGUGGGGGGAACAAUCUACUUUUAUUUCUUAUUUAUUUAUCAUGUUUACAUCUUUUUUUUUUUCUGUUCGAGACUUGGAUAUAAUAAAGAAAGCAUUAAAAGUACUCCCAUCUUCUUCUUUUUUUUAGGAUAAUAUUUUUUUCCUAUUCUUUAAAUAAAAGAUUCUGGGUUUUGUUGUCUGUAUAAAAUGUAAAAAGAGAUAUGUUUCUAAAGAUGCAUUAUCAUUCCUCUGUGAACAGUAGGUGGAGUUGAGGACAAAUCUCAGAAUACAAGAUAAUAAUAAAAUCCCAUCCUGUUUUACUUAAUUGUUCCCCUCCUAUCCUGUAUGAUUAAAGGGUUAUUCCACUUUCUUGUUUGUGGUUACUUGAUAUUAAAACCAUAUUAAAAUGUGUAGAAAAUAGGUAUCCAAUUGUUUUUGCUCAGUGAGAGGAUAAAAUGUUGUAUAUAUCUUGAUAUACUGUGUAGUUCAAAGUAACAUCAAUAAGGGAUAGUGCAUCUUUAUUAGAGCGAUAAGUUACUAGUGUCACUAAAGUCUACUUUAAGAUCCUCAGAUAUAGAAAGGGCCUGAUUCUGAGUCCACUUUCCUGUGGAAGCUGAAAGCAUCAGCAGCAUUUCGCUGCUGCAAAGCGAGUGUCAGAGGUGGAAUCAAGCCUCAGCGAUUAGUAUCUGACCAUGAGGAUAAUUGAAGGUUUGGGGGCACCAUUAUCUUUUUUUCCUCAAAAGUUUUAGCUCAUGGUUUUUCUUUUUUUGUCUGCAGUGAAAUAGUUUCUGCCAAGGAGGUUCUUAAAGGUGACUGCUGAAUUGGGACCCUUCUUUGCUCGUUGUGAUCUUGGUAUCGUUCUUGCAGUCCUGGAGAAUCUCAGCUCUGAGGUGUUCUCUCUGGUGUUGUCUCUUCUCUGUUCUUGUUAUUUUACUGUAAUACAGGCCUACAGUAUUUGCACUAAAACAAAAAGCUUGUUAGAGAAAGCUUGCUGCUAUGAAAGAAAGAACAUAUUAAAAUGGUUUUGCUUUUACAAUUUUAACUGAGUAGCAUUUUGUAGAAUAAAAUCAAUUUAGAUUGAAAAGAAAAAUGACUUUUCUUUUUUCCUCUGCACUCCCUCCCCCAUACUCCUUUCUUUCUUUCCCGUCCCUAGGUGGUGUGAUGGUUUCCCCCCUCCCCUUCUCCUUUGGUGCUCAGUUGUAAUGAUUGGCUGUAUUGUUGACUAUGCUGCUGAGAGUUAUGACACUUGUAAAUCUUGUUUUAAUGACAUUGUGGACACUCUUUUGUAUAGCAAGAGCUAACUGGAGUUCUUCUCUCUCUGUUAAUUGAAGUCAUUAAAAAGCUCCCUUUGCCAUGAACAAUUAAAA